AAAAUUCCCAUUUCUUUCUUCUGCUGUCAGAACAGUUAUGCCUUCAGAUAUUCAAUCCCUUUUUUAGAUGCUUGCAGAGAGAGAGAGAGAGGGAGAGAGAGUUGCAGAGAGAGAUUCUUAGUGUAAGUGGUGAUCUAUAAAAACAAGAUCAAAGGAGAAAUGGAGGCAAUAAAAAGACAAGCUAGCAAAUUCAGAGAACAAGUAGCUAAACAACAGCAGGCUAUUCUGAAACAAUUAGGCAAAGAAACAGACAUUUUUGAUGACGAUGAACUUCAAGGUUACCAAAAGCUUCAAAAUUUGUACAAUUCUACCAGGGAAACUAAGCAUUUUCAGAGGGAGAUUGUUCGAGGUGUUGAAAGUUCUGUUUCGACAAUGAAAAAACAAUUGGAGAUUGUUAGAAAGUUGGCGGAGAAUUGUUGCAAAUUUGCAAAUGAAUAUCAAGAAGCUGGUUCUUCAGUUUCCAGAGCUGUCAUGCAAUUUGGAACUGCACAUAGUUCCAUAGAAGAUGAGAAGGAAGCUAUGCUUGGUAUCUUUGUUGAUCAGGUAUCCAACCCACUACGGGCAUCCAUAACAGGCGCUCCACUGGAAGAUGCUCGUCACUUGACACGUCGUUGCGAGAGACUUCGGCAAGAGGUUGAAUCUCAGGCAGCCGAAGUAAUCAAACGUCAAUCAAGAAGUAAAGAUGCUUCUGUAGAGAGUGUCAUGAAGCUUAAAAAUGCAGAAGCAAGACUGACAGAGCAUAGAGCUUCUAUGGUGGUACUCCAGAGAGAAGCAACCACUGCUAUGCUGUCAGUAGAGGAUCAGCAGCAACAGUUGACGUUCCAAAAGCUUGUUACCAUGGUCGGUGCUGAGAGAUCUUAUCAUGUAUAUGCUUUAAACAGUUUGGACGAGCUACAUUCCAAGAUGAUAUUGGAGAUGCAACUAAUCGAGUCCUCGUGGAAACCAGAAACUUCUCAUAGGAAUGUGAAUGCUCCACCUGCACACAAGGAUGCUACUAUAAGUGGAUCUGAUGAUCAGGCAACUGAUAGUGAAGGUCAUGACUACUUUAUGGCAAAGGUUAAACACCCAUUUGAUGCUCAAGCUGAUGGUGAGCUAAAUUUAGCAAUUGAUGAAUAUGUUGCCGUUUAUAAGGUUGCUCCUAGUGGAUGGUCUGAAGGUAAAUGCAUGGGAAGAACUGGAUGGUUUCCUUCAGCCUAUGUAGAAAGAGUGGACAAUGCUCUUGACACUUGACAACCAGGAGUGAUCUAUAGCUUCGGAGUUGUUCUGCUUGAACUACUAACAGGAUGAAGAGCUACUGAAAAAAGAAUGAAAACAGAGCAAAACCUGGUCAGUUGGGCAAAACCAUACUUGGCUAGUAGCCGGAGGCUACGUUACAUCAUGGACCCCCGGCUUUGUGGGCAAUAUUCGGUUAAAGGAGCAAAAGAAAUGGCAAAGUUGGCACUGCGUUGUGUGAGUCCGAAUCCUAAAGAUAGGCCUAAAAUGUCGCAUAUCAUUCAAACACUUGAAGCUCUGCAACAUCUGGGUGAUAUGGCUGUGACUUGUGGCCACUGGCCAGUUUCUCCGAAACCAGGAAGAACUAUUAAUUGCGGAAAUGAUGCAAUGAAGAGGAAAGAGUCUCCUAUUUUCCUAAUCGCAAGACAUAAACUGGAUUUGCAUAUAAAAGACUCAUCAGUACGUAUCUUUUUCAUUGAAAGACUUCGACCCUAAUUUGAGGGUAGCAAGUAGACACUUGAUUAUGACGAAGCAUUUAAGUAUUAGAAAUUUGCGUUUAA